AUGGCUUCUCGCAGUGGGCGCGAUUUCAACUGCUCCUGGGAGAAUUGUGGCAAGUCUUUCAAUCGCAAGUCAGAUCUCUGUCGCCAUUAUCGCAUACACACCAAUGAGCGCCCGUACCACUGUAAUGUGGAGAAUUGCAACAAGAGCUUCAUCCAGCGCAGCGCCUUGACCGUGCAUUCGCGAACCCAUACCGGCGAGAAACCACACGUCUGCGAUCACGAUGGCUGCCAGAAAGCGUUCUCCGACUCUUCCAGUUUGGCUCGUCAUCGUCGAAUCCAUACUGGGAAACGGCCCUAUAUCUGUCAAGAGCCGACGUGCGAACGAAGGUGGGCGCGGUCUCCCCUUCUUCCUCUAAACACACACUUACGUGUCGCGACGAACAGUUUCUGUCGCAAAACCACUCUCACCAAGCACCAACAUCGUUCGCAUCCUCCAGGAUCCUUAACUCGGCCCUCCUCGGAAGAUGCGACCUCCGAACACUCGUACCAGCACCAUACCCCAGUGUCGGUCUCCAUCCCCAACGGCAACGACGGCUAUCUUCUCGCGCAGCAACCGUAUUACCCCAAUUCAGCGACGCCAAAUCAUGAUUUCUACUCGCCGCAGAGUGUCCAGAUGACCACGGUGCCAGUCCACGAAACGGCGCCCCCGAUCGUCACGCAGAAUGUGCCCGUCACCUCCUCCAUGAAUAUGCCGCAUGCUCCACAGCACCCGUCGCAACACCCGCAGGCGCACCCGCAGCAACAGCAGCAACAACAACAGCAACAGCAACAGUACAUGCAUAUGAUGCAGCAGCGCUACGAUCCCAACCCGCCGCGAACGACCUACUUGCCACCCGAGUAUCAUCAGCCGCCGUUCCCAGGCCAUCAGUUACCGGAUGGGCAGCCGAUGAUGGUGGGAUACCAUCCUAAUUUCCAUCAGUACAAAGCCCCUACUCGGAUCUUGAAUCAACCGGAGGGGACUGACUGGGGUUUUCUGGGAGUAGGCUAA